CGGAAGUCCAGACGGACGGUUUCCUGUUCGCCAACGAGGAGAAGAAGAGUUUUGACGCAUGUGAAGUAAAGCCCAAGAAGUGUGAAAGAACAACAGGAAGCUCCACAAUGGACCAGACAAGACUCUCCACAUGAAGGAUGUUACUGAGCCGAGGAGCCAAAUCCGGUCCAUUCAUUGAACCCUUUCUUACCUUUUUUGUUACUCUUUAACUUUUCGUUGCUAUCGGAGCAUUUCUUCCUUCUCCUGCUGCAGGCCCCUUAACGAGACCCCCGGAGGUCUCGUAGGGAGCCUUGUUCCUGAUUUAACAGCGCGCUGCAUCCUUGCAACUGAAAUCCCAGCGAACGCAGAUAAAAGACAUUCUCUUGGUUGAUAGUUGAGUUGUGCAUUUCGCUCCGUCACGCAGGCUCCGCACAUACCCUCAACACCCUCAUCCUCAACUGUUGUGGUCAUCAAUCUCCUUGAUCUCUAGAAGGCUGAAAACAUGUCUCAUCACCAUUAUAACCCCUAUGCCUCUGGUAAUCAAAGUUCCAACCAGGGGCAAUAUGAACUCUCCAGUGCGCAAGCUGAGAGAGACCAUCGAAGGGAACUUUCUGGUUUUGGACCAGGGUCCAGCUUCAAUUCUCCUGCAGCUUCUUCGGCAGCUCCUGCCAACCAUCGUGGAAAUAUCCCAUCUCUGCUGACCCUGUCGGUGAACUACAGGCCUGAACAGGGUCGGGCCACAACAAACGAGGACAUAGAGAGGUCUGUAGACUUGCAUAUUAGCAGAGCCAGAGAGGAGGUGAGGUGUCUUGACAGACCUGCCCAGCCCACAGGCCAGAGCACCCGCUUUACCCACACUCAGAAUGAUGAGAUUCUCUCCUCAGGCGCAGGGACCACUUCUUAUCCGAUGACAUCAACUUUUGCCUCUGGACGCAGACAUGCUGAAGUUGAAAGUGUCAGUAGUUCCUUGGACUGGUUGCCAAAAUACAAAACUGCUGAUGAUUCCCCUAAAUCAUAUUCAUUACCUGCUUCAUCUAGCUAUACAAGCAGUGGUGACAUUGGCAGGUUUAAUACAUCCAGUGAAAGACAGCGUGACGGACCGUCCAUUUCAGGAUUAGGUGAUUAUCACUAUCCUGCACCGGACAAACCUGCAGCUCCUACUGAGACAAGUAGCCACAAGUACACCUCUGAAUCUGCUGCAAACAUUCUUUUGAAUUUUGGUCUUGAAAAAGAGGAUUUGGAAUUUCUCAUCUCUUACCCUGAGGACCAGAUCACCCCUGCCAACCUUCCCUUCAUUUUGCGUCAAAUCCGCACUCAGAAGACCAAGAGGACUAUGACUGCAGUUGAGUCCAAACCCUAUCCAAAACCUCCACCAAUCAGAGGUGUCAGUGAAAGGGACAUUUUGAGCAGUUCCGGAGGGUCGUCAUCUCUUCCCCAGCCCAACAAAGUGAUUGACUAUGGACAUACCAGCAAAUAUGUUGGAGGGGUGUUGGAUGACAUUGGAAGGACCAGUGGCAGAAGUGCAAACAGUAGCGUGAGUGGCAUUAGUUUGUUUUUGGACGAGCAGCGCAGUGACAGUCGAGAACAAUUGCAAAAAGAUACAGAGAUAAGAAGCAUUCCUUUGGGUUUCUCACGUGACCAGAGUAGCUCUGUUACUAAUGCCAGCUCUUCGUACAGUUCAUUACUGAGGUCUGUGGCUCCUACAAGAAGUGAUCCAAUGCAACGAUUUCAGACCCAACCAGACCAGACUUCUAAACCAAACUUCAACUCUUUCCCACUUCCAAAGAAGGAUGCAGACAGAAAGGUCUUCACCUCUGAACCCUUCAAACCCUCUGCUUUGAAAGCACCAGAGACAGAACGCCUGGCAACGCUGAAAAGCCAUCGAUCCUCUAUUGUGUUGGACAAUGUGUAUCCAGGCCGACGUGGUGUUGUGGUCGUUGACAAGAUUUAUACCAGUUCCGCUAAGGAUGAGAGUGAAAGUCGAGGACAAGAUUCAGGGGUUUGUGAGCAGAUGAUAAAGCAGCAGAUGCUGCAGCAUAAGACACUGACGCUGGAAGAGACACAGCAAAAGCAGAAGGCACCAAAACAGCACCCACAAAAGCAGCAUGUGCAGAAGCAGCCAUCACAGAAGCAGCCAGCGCAGACAGAGAAGGCACAAACACAGCAGUUGCAGAAACAGCCAGCAUCGCAAGUGGGAAACAUGUUGUGGCCAACGGUUUACUCCACUGUGAAACCUUCCUGUCUCGUCCCCAGCCCCAGUGUUAUUCCUCCAGCUUCACUUCAGCCAGACACACGCAACAGCGUUGAUUCGGUUUUAAAGUUAGUUAAGGUACCAGGCCUACAGAAGCAGCCAACGCCGGCCAUGAUGUACGACUAUGCUGCGGCCUCACCGAGAGUCUUCCCACAUACCUGUUCUCUCUGUUACAAAGGAUGUUCUAAUAUGAAGGACUGGAUCUCCCACCAGAACAGCAGCCUUCACCUCAACAGCUGCAAAUACCUCCGGACGCUAUAUCCGCAGUGGAAUGGUGAGAUCGUACUCGAGCCCAGUGAUGCAGGGAAAGAAGCCACGCCCUCGACUUCGGCCUCUGUGCAGAUUUCCCAAAAGCAUGACAAGAAAACCAGUAAAGGAAGGCGCCCCCGCUCGCCCAGCCCCCGUAGGCCCCACAGCCCAGAUGGCAGAGAGAAACGUAGCCUAUCACGAUCAUCACGUGGCUCCAGACAUGGCCGAUCUCGUUCUCGAUCUCAUGAUCGGUCACGAUCAAGGAGCUAUGAGAGAUCAAGGAAAAGAGAGAGACGGUCAUCUCCAAGGAGGAGAGACGACAGACAGUCCUCGCCAAAGAGGGAAGACGACAGACAGUCAUCACCGAGGAGAAGAGAUGACCGACGGUCUUCCCCAAGGAGGAGUGAAGAGAGGCGGUCAUCUCCAAGAAGAAGCCGUGAAAGACCGUCAUCACCAAGGAGGAGAGACGACAAACUGUCUUCACCAAGGAGGAGAGAAGAGAGUCGGUCAUCUCCAAAGAGAAGUCGCGAAAGACGGUCAUCACCAAGAAGAAAGAGUGAAGAGAGACGGUCAUCUCCUAGAAGAAGCCGCGACAGACGGUCAUCACCAAGGAGGAGAGACGACAGGCGGUCUUCAUCGAGGAGAAGAGACGACAAGCGGUCCUCUCUGAGAAGAAGCCGUGAAAGGCGAUCAUCAUCAGAGAGUUCCCCUCAACGGAGGUCGAGCAGUGCAGACAGACUGGUGAAGAAAGUACUGGAAAUAUCUGAUGUCCAGUCUGUGUCCAAACCCUCUGACUUGGAGGCUGUGGUUAAAACUUUAUUCGCUGAGAUAGCCAAGAUGAAAUCCUCGUCAUCAUCUACAGGAGGAAAACACUCAAAGUCUAAACCCUCUGCUGGGAAAAAGAGCUCGUCCUCUGCGGCCUCUUCAUCAUCGUCCGCCUCAAAAGCAAAGAAGACGACAGCGAUGACAAAGUCCACCACAGCCAGCCUGCAGGAGAGCAAGGCUGGUGCUUCCACUAAGACAAAGGUUACUGAGCAAAAGAAAACUCAUCAGAAAAAACCUGCUGUGUCCAGAGUCCUCACCAAUGACAAAGCAGCUGAUGAAGGGUCGACCAAUGUAACUAAGGCAAAAGUUUUGGUGUCAAAAGCAAAAAGUGUCUCAACCAAGCAGGUCUCUAAAAAGCCAAGAUCUCCUGAGGUUGAUGAAUCAGAAAAUCUUAUCGUCGCUGGACCAACUAAUGUCUCCGGAGUAAAGGUCAAAGUGGAAACGGGCUCAGCUUCGCAGGAACCCAAAAUACCAGUGAACAACUCGGCUGCAGCGGGAGAUUCGACAAAAGUAAAAGUUGAAGAAAAAGCUGCAAAACCCACGACGGUGACGUACAAAUCCACAACUUCACAUGUAGAAACAAAAGAAUGUGAUUCAAAGGUUUCAAAAUCUGAACUGAAGCAAGAACCAGAACCUGUCAGAAUCGAUGCAGUGGUGAACGACGCUAAAGAAGCUGAACCGAUGGAGCUUGUGGAAACAGGAGUUGACGUGGCAGAGCCCAUGGAAGUAGAAAGUUGUGCUGAGGGCAAAGAAGAAAAACUGACAAAUGUGGAGGCUGUUUUAGAAAAAUCCAGUGAGAGUCAACUACCAACCUGUAAAGAUGAGACCGGACCUCCUACUGUUCCACCUCCAAACACAGAAGCAGAUCCUAAACCUGCAGACACAAGUUCUCAGAAGCCUCAGCCCGACAUGAAAACAGAAACAGCUGUAACACCAGACUCUGCAGCCCCAGAGUCUGCAGCCCCAGAGUCUGCAGCACCAGAGUCCGCAGCCCCAGAGUCCGAGUCCGCAGCCCCAGAGUCCGCAGCCCCAGACUCUGCAGCCUCAGACUCUGCAGCCUCAGACUCUGCAGCCCCAGACUCUGCAGCCUCAGACUCUGCAGCCCCAGAGUCCACAGAACUGUCUGCAGCUUCCGGUCUGGGGACCAAGAUGGAGACUUCACGACCUCCAAGUUCAACUGAUGAGGUGGACAAACACACAAAAGUGAAGAACCAAAGGGAUCCAACAUCAGCCUCCGAAGCCAUCGGCGACGUUUCAACCGAGCCAGCAGCUGGAACAGUGAGCGAACAGCAGGAAGCAACAACCGCGUGUUCUUCAGCUGUAGUCCUCCCUCUGACAGUCGGGGAGUUGGUAGAAAAGCGCUUUCAUCUAAAUAGCUUCACGUUCCUGAAUAAAAAAACGACCUUGUCCCCAAAAUUUUUCUUAAUCGGUAGGAGGCUACUGAUGAUCUCCAACCUGCCGAAGCAUCACGAGGGCUGCUACACAGAGGAAGACGUCGCCAAUCUGUUCAUUCCUUUCGGAUUCAUAUACUCAGACGAAAACAUCUAUGUUCUUCCUCAGGCGUGCGUUGCCUUUGUCUUGAUGCCGUCCUUGGAGAGUGUACACAGUGUUCUGAUUGCCGAAGGGGAUCUCAUUGCUAUCAAAAACAAUAAGCUGUGUCUGCGUGUCGUGGACAGCAUGCCAAUGGACCCGAUGAGGUUUUAUAAAGCCCUGAUGAAGCGGAUGAAUUCUCCGGUGGUUGACGAUGGAAACAGAACGGUGUACAUCACGAAUAUUUCACCGAGCGAAGCCAGAGACCUCAGACAGGCGUUGAGAAAAAUCAAUUCAGUCGCAAACUACCUGCCUCUUCUCAACAAGGUGUUUAUUGAAUUUGAAUCUUGUCGCGAUGCUGAUCGACUUGGAAUUUGGUACAGCCUCCUGAAACGGGCCCCUGGACACAAAAUAUGCCGGCUGAAAACACCACACAGCGGCUGUACAGCCCUGCCACCAAGACUUCCUGCAAACGCAAUGCCGGACAGCAAGCAUGCUGUGGCUGGGGCAACUACCCCGUCAAUAAAAUUUGGCGUUCCUCUGGGCAGCGUUUCACCUUUUUGGAUCACAAUUCCCACCAUUCCCUUUGUGUUCGCCACCAUGUCUCCUUGGUUCGUCAUCCCAGAAUAUCUGACUGUCAGAGAAAAUGACGACAUCAAGAAGGCCAAGAGUCGACGUUCCAUGUUCCCCACAAUCAUGUUGACCGGUUUACCAGAAGGAGAAUACAAGCACGAGGAAGUCGCCAAGCUGGUCUGGCCUUAUUUCCGCAAACAAACUCUUCACUCCCUGUACUACAACGUGAUCGUGCUGACGCUGCAGAGGAGGGUGAGGACGAAAGACUGC